AUGAACUUCUGGGGGUCUUUGGUGUCGGCCGCGGCCCGACAGCGGCGCCAGGAGACAGGGUUUUUCUUUCGGCUUCUCUCUGUCACCGGAACAAAGCGGCCCUCAUCCUCCUCAUCCUCCCUGUCUCAGUGCGAGCCUCAUGAAAGGAGAGUGCUCUGCCGACGCCACGGGCCGCUCUCUCUCUCUCUCUCAAAGCGCUCAAACUUCAGUUUUUUAGACGGAGAUGUCCUUCAGAGCGCUGCCAACUCUGCCCCAGGCCUGGCGUCUUUUAUUUACCGUAUACAGAAGCAGUCCCUCCGCGGCCUUAAUGAGCGCCCACAUUCAGACGCUAGACUGCACCCCUUCACUCAGGACGGGAGGAGAGAGAGAGAGAGCAGGGGAGGAAUUAAAAAAUCAUAA